AUGGAGCUAUUGUUAGCUAUCCAAGCUUGCAAACAACUCCAUGCCACCUCGGUGACAGCUGUUAUCCCCUGUUUUCCUUACGCUAGAUCGGAUAAUUAUAAGUCAGAGUCCAGAAACUUACCCAUCGCUGCUAAACUUAUCUGUAAACUGCUAGAAGCUGCAGGUGCAGAUCAUGUCAUUACUGUGGAGUUACAUUCUUCACAAACAGAGGGUUUCUUUAACAUUCCCGUAGCUAACAUUCAAACAACCCAACUCAUCAGUAAACAUAUCUUUCAAAAAUCCAAGGACGUAAUCCUUGUUGCUCCUGAUGCUGGUGCCAUGAAAAAGGUCACAGCAAUAUCUGAGCUAACAGGACUCCCAUUUGCGCUUAUCCACAAGGAGCGCUCAUCAGAUGGCACCAUAUCCCGGAUGACGCUCGUCGGAGACGUUACAGGGAGGAGGGCAGUGAUUGUGGAUGAUAUGGCUGACACUUGUGGUACUGUUAUCAAAGCUGCAGACUUGUUGAUCCAGAUGGGAGCAAGUGAUGUCGAGGCUGUAAUGACUCACGGUAUCCUAUCUGGCAGUGCUUUGAAGAAGAUAAACGAGAGUAGCAGUAUUUCACGUUUUACUGUAACAAAUACACUUCCUCAACAUAUGGAAAAGUGUCCAAAGUUGGAAGUUAUUGACAUUUCAGAGCUCGUAGGAGCUGCAAUUGAAAAUGCUGGUAGUAAUUCCACUCUUGAUAAAAGUUUAUAA